CCACUCCGUUUGCGCAUGCGUCGUGGAUUCACCGGGGGUGCACAAUGGACUCGGAUGUAGAUAGACCUGACUGGCUUGAAUACUAGAGGCCACGACGCCGUUGAAAGUACUAGUUUGUAACUUAUGUUAUGAAAUAACCGCGCAGGCUCAAGCGAAAAGUGGUGGCGACACCACCAACAGACGACUUGACUUCUAACUGCGGACUUCCCCUGCUGUGCUGGGUCCGUGCUGCUGUUUUCCCAUGCCACAGCAGUGAUAUAGAAACCGUCCGAUAACGGCCAGGGAAAAUGUCAGAGGUCAACAUUGCAAAGCGCAAGGAGAAGUGUGAGAACUGCACCAAACAGUGCAACAAGAAACAGGGCGAGAAUGGUGCCAACUCACAGGAGGAGAAAGAUGAAGUCAAUGGACAGGUGCAUGAAGGAUCCCAGUUGCUGCUGAGUGCCUGCCUGUCCUGCGAUGGCUGUCUGUCAGAGGAGGAGAGCCUGAAGAUCUCUCAGCAGAGCCUGGAGGAAGUGGAGCGGGUUCUGGCGCUCAAUAAGAAAUGUGACGUGUCCAAGCACAAGGUGCUGGUAGCGUCGGUAUGUCCACAGUCUCUGCCUUUCUUUGCUGUCAAGUUUGGGCUGGACGUCACUGAGGCUGCCCACAAACUCUGUGGUUUCCUCAAGAGUUUAGGGGUGCAGUAUGUGUUCGACACCACUCUGUCGGCAGGCUUCAGCAUCUUAGAGAGUCAGAAAGAGUUUAUUCAGCGGUAUCGCAGGAGGCACCACGACUCCCACGCCUUGCCCAUGUUCACCUCCUCCUGUCCAGGAUGGAUCCGCUAUGCAGAGCGCGUCCUGGGCAGCUUGGUCACCCCUCAUAUCUGCACAGCCAGGUCUCCCCAACAGGUCAUGGGCUGUCUGGUCAAAGACUACUUCUCUAAACAGCAGCAGAAGCUGAGUCCAGAGAAAGUCUACCAUGUGUUGGUGGCUCCCUGCUUCGAUAAGAAGCUGGAGGCUGUUAGAGAGGAGUUUUACAACAGCCUGCUGGAGACCAGAGAUGUGGACUGUGUCCUCACCUCAGGGGAGAUCCAUUACCUGAUGGAGCAGAGAAAGGUUUCAGUGGAGGAGCUGGACUCACUUCCACUGGACCAUGUGCUGGGAGAGGCUGAAGACGUGGCGCUGGUGAGACACGAGGGCCGAGGUUCUGAAGGCUUUCUCGAACACAUCUUCAAACAUGCUGCCAAAGAGCUCUUUGGUCUGGACGUCCAUGAGAUCACAUACAAGACCCUCAGGAACCGGGACUUCCAGGAAGUGACUCUGGAGCGGGACGGGGAAACUCUGCUACAGUUUGCUGCCGUCUACGGUUUCAGGAACAUCCAAACCCUGGUUCACCGAAUGAGAAAGGGACGCGUCCCUUACCAGCUGGUUGAGGUGCUGUCCUGCCCAGGAGGGUGCUUGAGCGGCCGCGGACAGGCGGAGAGCGAGGUAGGAGGCUCGUUGGAUAAAGCCCUGGUGCAGCAGAUGGAGGAGGCCUACAGCAGCCUGCCAGUCCGUCUCCCAGAGGUCAACCCCGUCCUGCACACCCUUUAUCAAGAGUGGCUGCAGGGCCAGGACUCCCCGCAGGCUAGCACACUCCUGCACACCCACUACAGAAAUCAGAGUCAGAUCCACACACAGCCCCCACACAUGCAGUGGUGAGGAGAAAGGGCAUGCUUUCGGACAUGAUGGAAGUCGGAGGGGGAGGGGGGGGGGGGGUGCUGAUUCUGCUUGGACCAUCUCAUCCAAUCAUGAAAGAUAAGCCGAGAACCACUCUGCACUACGGGUCAGGCAAUUCUCAACAUGUGCAGUUUUUCAUUUGGCCACAUGAGGGCAAUAUCUGUAUUUACAAUUGGUGAAUCUCCUGUGCCAAGACUGAAGACCAAUGAGGGUCCAGAGUCCAGAUAAACACAUAUUUACAUUUUCUGCAGACUGAAGCAGUGAUGUCAGUAAGCUGCAGACAAUGGCAAACAAAAGAAUAGGUACAAAGUCACCUCAUCUGCCAGAUGUUCUGAGAAAUGAGGGCGUCUGUAGCCAGUGUGAACUAUCAUGUCUAUUUACAGAGCAAUAAGCUACUGAGGACACGUAAGAAGCUUUUAGGAGCCCGUGAACUGAACUUUUGGGUACUGAAUGUACAUUUGAGUCCAAUAUAUUCCAAAUGUUAACUGUCCCAAAUUGUGUAAAAGUUGUGUCCACUGUUCCUCACUGAAAGACAAGACACUGUUUUCUUAAACAAAUUAAUAACUAUGCAACAGUG